GGGCCACUCAUAUUAGAUGUCAAAACACUCGCCGUACAAAUCAACAGAUAAGAGCCGGGCCGUUGUCAGAAGCAUUUCGCAUAUUGUUAGCAGGCAACAUCCAAGCUACUUGGUUUCUCCAAGACCGAUAGGCCUAUCAGCAACGUUCUCUUCAAGCAGCCUGCCACCGAAUAUCGACAGAGGAUGUCAAGGGGAAGUUUUGUCUUUACCUCCACAGCCUUGCGCUCUAUGGAAAAAGACAAAGAGUUGCUAGAGAGGCAACAGCAGCAGAGACGACUGGCAACUCCGAGGGUGAACGCUUACUUCUUUAGGAAAGAUGUGCGGGAGAGUAGCUAUGCGUCAAGUUACAGAUCUUCCCCGUCCCAUGCUUUCAUCUGCAAAGACCCGGUGGUCCACAAUGCCCUGUAUACAGGAAACCUGGAGGCGGUGCGCCAGUUGCUGUCCAAGGAAGCCCCGGUCAAUGUGGUCAUCCAGCCUCAAGGAGGAGACAUGGUCUGGGCAAAAGAGAAUGGGCUGUGGUCCUUAACCUAUGAGCAGGACCUGACCACGCCACUACACAUCACGGCCGGACGGGGCUUCACCGAGUGCCUGAAGCACCUGCUGCUGAGGGGUGCCAAUGUGGAGCUGGCGCCAGGUGGCACCACCGCACUGCACGAGGCCUGCCAGGAGUGCCAGCCUGAGUGUGCCAAGCUGCUGCUGUCCUACGGCGCAAACGCCAACGCCGUCAACGAGGACGGCCUCAUGCCUCUUCACGUCUGCACAGAAAAAGAGUCUAUUGACUGUGCAAAGUACCUGAUUGAGUUUGGAGCUUCAGUGGAUGGGCGGAGCCUAGAGGAGAAUGACACCCCCAUGCACGUGGCCGCUCGCCAUGGCCUACUCGACCACGUCGACCUCUACCUGCGGCACGGGGCUAACCCGGAGCAUCAGAACGACGAGGGCAAGAGCCCGCUCAAUGCAGCCUGCGCUCAGCCACAGGAGAAGGGCACGCUGGAGCGCUACAGGCAGGUGUGCCAGCGCCUCAUCGACGCCGGAGCCAAUGUCCACACGGAGGACCUGCAGCAUCAGACACCGCUGCACCUGGCCUGCAAGAACGUGCACCCAGAUGUAGUGGACCUCCUGCUGCAGAAAGGGGCCAACGUCAACGACAUGUGCUACGGAGGCAAUGCACCCAUGCACAAUGUGCUGAAAGAGGUCGCCUACAAGCAAGACCAUGAGCCGGAGAGGAUAGUGCGGGCGCUGCUCAACUAUGGAUCCAUCCGUGUCUGGCCGGGAGCGUUGCCCCAGGUGAUGAAAUUCUGCCACUCACGUCCACGUGUCAUUGAAGCACUCCUAAAUGCAUACGACCGCCUAAAAGUUACAGACAGAUGGGUCGAGGCUGUCCCCUCUGAUGCUCUUAAGCAACACCAAGAAUUCUUCGAGUCUGUGUUCGCCUUGGCCGAAACGCCACGUUCACUACAGCAUCUUGCCCGCUUUAAGAUACGGACCUAUCUUGAGGGACGCUUGCACAAGGUUGUGCCCCAACUGUCUCUUCCCACCUUCUUGAAAAACUACCUGCUGCUGGAGUUUAGGGACUAUGUUCACUGAGGACAGGGGGCUGCAAUUUUCUCCAUAGCCUUCAAUGGAUACAUUUGAAUAUGUACUGUAUAUAUUUUCUGUUUUAUUGCAGCUGUAUGACUUGGGUGAAAUUAGAUUAUAAUCAGUGUAAGCCUUGACCUUAAUUUCUAUACCAUCUUAUACAUGUAAAUAGUGAUUGUUGACAUUUUGUUGUACUCUCUGUAAUGUGUGCUUGAAGAUGAAGGUCGUGCACUUCAUUCUGUUGACAGCAGGAGAUGAUGAUUCAGCCAAAUGUGCCUUAACAUGACUAUGACUCACGUCUUUGUUUUAAAUGUUUAGUAAUAUUAAAUAUGUAUAUACUGGUUCAACUUUUUACAAGUAAAUGUGUGGGCUAGAAACGUUUAGCAUAAAGCCAUAUCUGAAAGACAGUUGUGGUUCAAACAUGGAUUGGUUAUUUUUUAAAUUAACAUGUAAUUAAGUGGCCAAAAUAUUUAAUUCAAUAUGUGUGUUUUUAGAACUGAUUAUGUAAUCACCCUGAAAGAAAAGCCUCUUAGUCUCGGCUAAAACAUUUACAUUUGGCUGCAGUCAUUGUUGCCUUUUUGUUGCGCCACAAAGAGCUUGCGCUUGUACCACAAGGGGGUGCUACGGUCGUUACGUGGCAAAUUACAAAACUGCUAAUAGUUCCUUUCCACAGUCAAUUAAGUUUGGUGAUAUUGGAUUUAGGAAUGAGUCGAAACAAUUAGGAAAACAAGACGGCAUCUAAUAAAGAGAGAUACGUGCCUCGUGGUGUUCUUUCAGUCAACUUCAAUGCACAGGCAUGAGAUCUGAAAUGUCACCAACAUUUCAUUUUUUAGACUGCACCUGUGAUGAAUUCUAAAUUAGGUUACUACUGCCAGUAGGCCUAUCUGUCUUUAAUACAUUACACCAGAAUAUGUAUUGUAUGGAUACUGAUUGCAUUCCUUUUGCAUGCUAUUGAGAUGGCUCAUAUUUGUGUUGUGAGAGGUGUGUGGGGUCAUGUUAUUCUUAAGAAGUGCUGAAGAUUCUUGUUUAGGUAAAACUAAAUGUGGCUGGUAUGUAAUUAAUAAAAUAAGCUAGAAAAACAUUGUUUCAAUGGUGACUCCCAACAGACAAAGCAAAUCAGUCUGCAUGCAUGAUGACAAACGAGUAGAUGGAGAAGCCAUUUGUGCUUCUCACUGUUUAAAAAUGUCAGACUAACUAUAUUGCCAUAAAUAUUCAUAGCCUACUUUUCUCCUGAACCACUUAAAUCAUUCCAUUUAUAGAGAAUAAAAACCCAUGAUUCUGGAGGUUUAUGUUGUGGGUCUGACAAAGUCAUGUCAAUAAAAUAAGUA